GGAGGAAGUAAUGUACAGCAUAUAAGUGGGUGUGAUCAGGGAUAUGAGUGAAGUGGUAGCGGCUGCAGUAAGACAAGAGUAGUAGGCAUUAUCAGAGAUAAAGGAGGUGCAGUGAUUUUCCUGGACCUGAAUGACCAAGAAAUAAAAAUGCCACAGAAAUCGUUAGUCCAGAAGCUCUGGCACGUUUGUGCCCUAGUGUUUGUCCUUUCUGAAGGUUCUUUAAGCUGCAGAACCGGCAGCCAGCAGGAGUGUCUGGCUGCUCCUUUUGUCCCCGGUCACAACUUAGUUGGUGAGGGCUUUGAUGUGGUAACGCUUCAGCGUAAAGGAGCUUAUGUCAGCGACAUGCAGACCUUUCUGACACCUUCUAACUCCUGCACGUUGUGUCAGAACCCUUUCAUGAGCGGCGAGCUGCAGAAAGUUCCUCUUUCUGUGCUGGACUGGCGAGCCAUCAACAGAUGCAGCCUUCAGAUCUCCAGUGCUGUCUUCUCCUCCGUCAGUGCUCUGCUGGAGAGCUCCACCUCGGUCAUUGGGAAUGACUGGAAGGUGGGCUUGAAUCUGGCAGGACUGAGCAACCUGCAACUAGGAGGCAGCAAGUCCACCGAGUCAAGAUUCGCAACCUCCAGAAUCAAAGUGGACAAGACGUACUUCUCCUCCCACCAACUGAGCUGCACUUACUACAGUUUUCGACUUCCAAGCCUUCCUCCUCUCAGUCCAGAGUUCCACCAGCAUCUUCUGUCUUUACCCAAAGGCAACACGUCAAAUGCCAUGCAACAAUAUCGCCGCUUAAUCGAGAUUUAUGGGACCCACUAUAUCCGCCAAGUCAACCUUGGUGGGAAGUUUAAAAGAGUGACCUCCAUUCGCACGUGCUUGGCAACCCUCAACAGGGUCUCUGCUAGUCAGGUGAAGGACUGUCUGAACGUCGGUCUAAAGGCGGGGCUUGGGCUAGCUGACGCCUCCAUUGCAGGAGGAAGCUGUAGAAACAUCCUGACAAACCAAGAUAGUGUUAUGAGUUUUAGUGAAGGUCUUAUGAACUACAUGACCCAGAUUUCUGGAGGGAAUGGAUGGCUUGGAGAGAUUUCACUGACCAGAAACGACUCUGAAGGCUUCUACACUUGGCUUGGUAGCCUCAAACACACCCCAGACAUCAUAACCUAUUCUGUCUUCCCUUUGCAUGAUCUGGUCAAUGACACAGACGUGAGAAGAAACCUCCAAAUGGCCAUCACCCAGUACAUUACAGAAAAUGGGCAACCAAAGAAUCCGUCGCCUCCACAGUGUGCAGGGAAUCAACCCAACCUUUCUCCAAACUGCUGUCCUUUCAAUGGCCACAGAGGAAGGCUAAGGGUGACCGUGAUAAGGGCUUGGGGUCUAAAAGGCGAUCCAGUGGGCAAAACCGAGGGGUACGUCAAACUUUGGUACGAUGGAAGCUUCAGGCAAACCCAAUGGAUCAGAUCAAAUAACCCAUGGUGGAACAAACAGUACGACUUCGGAAAUGUUUACACCGGUCAUCGCCUUAAAAUGGAGGUAUGGGAUAAAGAUGUCCGCUAUGAUGACCACCUGGGGGGCUGUUCUGUGAAUCUGAGAAGAGGACUGUAUCGGCAGAGCUGUGGACUGAAUCACGGAGGCUUUGAGUUUUCCUUCCACCUUGAGUGUGACCCACACUUGACUGGGUCUCUCUGUAAUAUCUAUUGGCCUUAUCCGUAGUAAUAGAGCAUCCAAA